ACUUGUAUGCAGUCUAGUUGUUCAGUGAUUAUACAAAUUUACUCAAAGCGAAAAGAUGAAGUUGAAGAUGUGUAACGUUGUUGGAGAAGCUAAGAAGCAGGUGGAAGAAGUGUGUGAGGUGCGUUGUGUACAGAUAAGAAAGGUUCCAGUUGUGGGUUUUGGUAUAGCCGUGAGUGGUGUUGUUGACAGUUUAUGUUAUGCUACUACGUCCAUUAUUGUCUCUGAUGUCAUCAAGAUUGGACCAGCUCAAGGAAAGUUACAAUUGAAUGACCGCGUGUUGAGUGUGAAUGGCCAUUCCUUCGACGGUGUUGACCAGUCUACAGCUAUCCAAGUACUGAAGGAAUGCGGCAACACAGUUAAUAUGGUGAUCAGUAGGCCGACUGCAUUACCACGUCAAAAUGGAUUUUCUCUCUCAGAUGUGAAAGAUGACAAAAAGAAAGGUAAAGGUUCUUUUCUGGUGAAAGCCAAGAAAAUGUUGAGUAAAGCCAAGGGCAAAUUCUGUCAGUCCGUAACGAAGAAAGCAUCUAACAAGAAUACAAACCAGGAAAAAACAUACAUGGAAUAUAAAGCAGAUAACACCAUUUCUCUUAACCUGCCACGUGCGCAAGUCACGGAGAAGAAAGUAAGCAACCUGAACAUCAACAUCACAGACAACGCCGUGGACAAGUUCACGACUUGCUCCGUCAGCCGUAAGUCCACGAAUAUCAACGAGUCAUGAUCACGUGCAAAUCAGCGUGGAGUCACACAUUUACGUCAUUAGAGAGCAUCUAGCUGUGUAAGACAGAUUACAGAUCCACUAGAUGGCGCCAAACUGUGACAAAAAAUGCUAUAGACACAAUGAAAUUUCCACAAGUCAAGAUACAUGUAUGUGUUCCUUCAACAGCGUGAAUGACAAAUUAUUCACAUAGACAACAGUUGCUGUAUCCCCCAGUCCACGGCGUGUUUUCUCCCAGACAGAUGGAUGGAUUGCUCACGUUUCUGCUCAACCAGACUGCCUCGGUUUUGUUGUAAAAACAAUUUUUAAGACCAAGUAUUCAACAAACAUGCACUCAGCAGGACUGAUGUGUAUUCGGAGACUAUAAAUUUGGUUUUGAUAAAUAAUUGUAACGAUAAUUUCUCGUGUGUUUCCUUGUGUUAUGUUUUGUAUAAAGAGCACAUAUUCAGGAAACAUGCAGUCAGCGGGUCUGUAACAUGUGAGCAGACUGUAUUGGAUAAUUGAAUUGGUUUUGAUCAAUGCUCGCGGUCAUUGUUCGUAGUGUACCUUUAUAAUUGAGACUCUCUAGAACCAGAAUGUGUUACAGCACGCUCCCCCUCCUAUCCCUCCUCCUUAGCGGGAUACUCAGCAAUAACGGACGAGAUCAAGUGUUUUUUCAAGCCAGCUGUUUUAUACGUUCAAAGAUAUUGAAUGAAGUAUUUUUUCCCCUGAAUUAUCGGGGCAGUAAACAUCAUGAUUAUUGUGUUUGAUUAAUGCCACUCUUAU